AUGGUCUAUAACAAGAGACGAGUCGUAAUUGUUGCCCUUAUCUUCGCUUCAGCUUGGUCAUGGAUGGCUUUUGUCUACUUCACUAUCACUUUCCAUAAUCAGGAACGCCCAUCAGAGCUACAAAAUACGCCUGCCUGGGCAAAUACUACCCCCAUAGUCCUUAUGGCCCCAGUUAAAAAUCAAACAGAAAUCAACGACACAGACGACUUGGAUAUAAACGAAACUCUCCAUCAACUGAUUGAUUUUAAAGACUUGGGAAGGAAUAAGAGAGCAGUAUUGCUAUUGAUCAUCGUUACCACUGCACCAGCAAGAUUUGAAAGAAGACAGGCAAUAAGGGAAACAUGGUGGAAACAUUGUUCUGGCAAUCAGGCUCAGGUAAGAAGGCAAGAUAGAUUCUUUGUCGCCAGUUAUCUCACGAUCUCACGAUGACGUUACUUUCAGUUAUUCAUAGCGAAAUUUCUUACCAACGACGAAGACGACGGUAGCAAGCAAAAAUCAACGGGUUUAGAUUAGCAAAACAACAACUUUGCACGAGCAACACCCUUUGUUUUUUGCACUUUCUUUAUUUUCGUUCAACGACCUCGACGUCAAAUUCCUUAUUUCCCGUUUCACACCGAGGACGUGAACAAGACACCGAUUCUGAACUUGGAUACAGUCCUUUUGGAAUACACCCCAAGAGAAAUUCACCAAAAUUUGACAAUGAAGGUGGCUCGAUACAGUUUUUCAGGAUCAGGGCCUCCCAAGUUUGACCAUAAACGACGUCGCCAUAAACAAAGAUUUGAAAAAAUUGCCACCACAGUUGUCUUAGAUAAAGAUGAAAAUUUGUUAUGAUCAGGGUUCACGGCAACGACAUCGGACUUGUCAUAGCAACGAAAUGACGCUAUUACCUAUUUUACUUGCAGCAAUAUAUCUCGGCACUAGGAACUGUUCCUCCAAUAGCGACCUCGAUGUUUGUCAAGUUUAAGCGAAAUCUGUGAGAGCGUUAUCGAGAUAUUAUGGGAUGAAGUCGUUAUGGCUAGAAACACCGUUAAAAAUGGACAACCUUGAUGUUUGGCCGUUAUCUGUAGAAAACGAAGCGCUUUUGACAUGCAAUUUCACCUCGUAGUAGUUUCAAUCUUUUUGAAAACUGGUGUGAAAGAUCAUGGAGAUAGCUCCAGCCGAUUGCUAGAAAGAAGGAUUUGAUUACUAUGUAUCGAAGCGCCCUUGUUAGCGGUUUUGUAAACAUUUUGGUUUUCUUUAACAAAUUGGCGAAUAAUUUUCAAACCGCUCGACUGAAUUUUUUAGAAAUUUAAGAUUCUUGAGAUUAACCUUCCUUUUACAAGAUUAUUGAUACAUUGUAAGGUAGUAAAAUGAGGGCUACAAUUCGUUAAUUUUUUAUUGGAAGUCUCGUCAUUACAAGUGAAAGCCUCUCAUUAUUCAAGGUAUUGGCUACGGUCACAUCUACGACGUAACUAAAGUUUAACUUAAGUUAGUGUCAAGUUACUUGAUGUCAUACCUAACUGUAGUUAGUGCUUUCGGUCGACAUUGCGGUAAUACUACGCAGUUAACAACAGUUAGUUCUAAUUAGCCUAUGUAAAUUCGCUUCACGCUUAGUUUUUGUUUUGCACAUUUAUAUACGCUCAUCUAGCACGUGCGAAAAGAAGGGUCACAUUCUGAUUGGUUGUUUGUCUGUAAACUUAAGACUAACCCACGAACCCCGCUUGGGUAUAACUAUAGUUAGUCUGUAUUGUUUUGGAUCACCGAGGCGUAAAUUUUCUAACUAUAGUUAGAGCGAACAGAGAAGCAGACACAUUACCGAAAUAGCUAACUAUAGUUAUCCCCGUCACUAUAGUGAGCAGCCCAGAUGUGACCGCAGCCAUUGUCUCUAAGUUUCAUUUUCGCGUGAACAGUAGUAACUAACAAUGCAUUUGAAAUAUGCAAAAAUGCUAGCUAUUGUUGAGCACGAAAUUAUGAAACUUGGAUACAAUACCCCUAAAUAAUGAGAGGUUCUCCCCUGUAAACACAAAAUUUCUGACAAAAAUUUAGCGAAUUGUAGCCCUUAUUUUUCUGCCUUACAAUAAAUCAAUAAAUUUGAAACUAAGAGGUCAUAUAAAAGGAAGGCUAAUCUCAGAGAAUCUUAAAUUUUUAAAAACAACUAUCCAGUGGUAUAAAAAUUAUUCGCUAAUUUGUUAAAGAAGAGCAAAAUGCUUAAAAACCGUUGUCCGUUUUAUAAGAUAUACAUCAAAAUCGCGUGAAAGUAAUUUGCGUUUUCCAUAGCUUCUUAGCAUGGGAAAGUACAACGUUUAGAGCUGUACACAGCAUGCAUUUUAUCACAGUAUCACUGUGAUAAAGCGUUUCAUUUUCGAGGAAAAUUUCUCUUUCUCGUCAAAACAAUCUCUGACUCCGUCAGACUCGGAGUAGUUUACUUUUUGAAUAGCGCUGCGCACAGAUGACGUCACAAAAACAUGACCCCAACCGAGACUCAGACAAACACUGGCCAUUUCUACUAUAGGUACAAGAA